AUGAAGAAACAGAUAUCGAGUUCUAAGUCUCCACCCUCUCCUCCAGUUCUAGGGCUUCCAUUGCUCUCCAAGUCUACUCUCAACCUUCUUCUACUUCUUUUACUCUGCCGUUCGAAUACUUCACAAUAUCCCUCCCUUUUCAUUUCUUCGUUUCCUUACCUUCUUCUUGGAGCUUUCAAAUCUAAGGUUCCAGGCACUGUUUCGGCACUGCAUUCGGAUUACCAAUGGUGAAGUCUUCCAAGUCCGUCCACGAACGCUUCCAAGAUGACGGGAACGAGUUGGGAGUGAAAAUAGAGGGGAAGAGUGGGGAAAGCAAGGCGAGUGGUCAUCGGUCUAAACACUCCGAAACCGAGCAGCGAAGGAGAAGUAAAAUUAAUGAAAGGAUCUUCGUGACAAUCUCACGUUUUUGUGAAAUAUUGUGUUCUGAUGGGGGCAGAUUUCAGAUUUUGAGAGACCUCAUACCUCAGAAUGAUCAAAAAAGAGACAAGGCUUCAUUCUUGUUAGAGGUAAUUGAGUACAUUCAAUUUCUACAAGAGAAGUUAAAUAUGUACGAAGGGUCAUGCCAAGGUUGGAAUUCAGAGCCUUCAAAAUUGGUUCCAUGGAAGAACUAUAGAGCUGCUGAAAGUUAUGUUGAUCAUUCCCAAGUGGUAAAGCGGGGUUCCAAUCAUGAGAGUGCUGUCGUUUUUUCCCAAGCAAUGCUAACAAAUGCACCGAAUGUGAUGGAUGCUGACAUGGGUCCUGCUGCAGUAUUAAAUGCGGUGGAUCAUACCUUUGUCUCUGCUACUCAAGGACUCCCUAUGGGCAUGCAUGCACAACCAAUUGUAUUUGAACCUGUUGGAAGAGGUAGUUUAUCAACCGAGUCUUUGGACGAGCCUGCAUCAGGAUCAGAGAACAUCUCUUCCAAGACCCAGACCGAAUUAUUGCAGGGUCGAACCCAUACCACUACUGGUUUUCUGAACCAUGCUGUUAGUGAUCAGGAGGAUCUCUCUGUGGAAAGUGAAAUGGAGGGUAUCUCAGGUGUCUAUUCCCAUGGGUUACUAAGUACCCUGACCCAGGCCCUGCAGGCUUCAGGCGUUGAUUUGUCACAGACAAACAUCUCAGUGAAAGUUGAUGUAGGAAGACGAGCAAAUAGAUCGUUGUCCCUUUCAGAGGAUGACAAAAAACAAUCUUUGAACAAUCAAGUGACGGCACAGAGUUUACAUGGCUACUUCAGUGAGGACUCAGAACAAGCUCACAAGAAGCUUAGAACAGGGGUGUAGUGUGUUACACUGAGCUGCUUCUUUAUCUUACCCCUGUGCCUUCUUUGUUCUCUUCCAUCUUCGAGUGUGAUAUUAUUAUUAUUAUUAUUAUUUUUUCCUUAAAUGGGUGGGUGGGGGUGGUGUUUUGGGGGAUAAUCUUGGCCAUUUUUUUUACAGGUCAUGGUCUGUUAGCAACUGGGAUUUCUUUGAUUGUAGAUGGCUUUCUCCUUAUGUAUUGUAGCCUGUAAUUCUCCAGAUUAAUGAGAUCCCCUGAGAAUAUUUUUAGUUGCAUGGUUUAUGAGGUUAAAAUA